GAGAAACAUUCAAAACUUUUCAUACUCAGAGUAACCAUGUCAUUCAUCAUCAGAAGACAAUUAUCGACUUUGAUCCCCCCAAAGAUUGCUUCGGCUAAGAACAUUGGCUCGAACCCAAACGCCAAAAGAAUGGCUGAAGUCGUCUCCUUUUACAAGAAGUUGCCCACAGGCCCAGCCCCAGCCCCAAAGAAGCCAAUCACCCCAUUGGCCAAAUACAAGGCUGCCUUCUUUGACGGUGACAACGCCUCCGGUAAACCUUUGGUGCACUUGGCUGUUGCCAUUGUGAUCUUGGGUUACACCUGGGAAUACCAAUCCCACUUGAAGCACCACAAACACUAGACUGUUUGCUUAGAUAUUCAAUAAAACGAUCAUAUUCUUC